AGUUUGAAGGGAGCUCUUGCAGGGAUUUUUAAAAGAAGAUGUGCGGGUUUUGGUGUGUCGUCCUCCCAGCGUUGGGAGGGUACACCCUCGCCUCCUUGUACCUGCUGAAGAACCCUCAUAUUCUUCAUAAGAGGAAAUGCGUGAGCUUCUACUGCACACACAUCUCCCACAGAGGAGGAUGUGGCGAGCGGAUAGAAAGCACCAUGGAGGCCUUCACUCACGCAGUGGCGCAAGGAACGCAGAUGUUGGAACUGGAUUGUCACUUGACGCGCGACGGCUAUGUGGUUGUGUCACAUGACGAGAAUCUUUUGAGGCAGACGGGCCAUGACAUCACCAUCUCUUCAGUCAGCGUUCAGGAUUUACCUUUGUACAAGGAGAGGCUCGAGUUGACUUUUUAUCGAGGUCACUACAGCAGUGGUUCCGACAGGACGUUUACUUUGCUGGAGGAUGUGUUCAGAAAGUUCCCGGAAAUCCCAAUCAGUAUUGAAAUCAAAGAGAACAACGACCAGUUGAUAGAAAAGGUGUCGCAGCUGGUUAAACGCUACCACAGGGAGGAGAUCACCGUCUGGGCGUCUGUGAACUCAAACAUUUUGAGCAAAUGCCGUCAAACGAAUGCAGCCAUGCCGUACAGUUUUUCCUUAUCCCGAGGUGUGCUACUGCUUCUCUUCUUCUACAGCGGCCUGCUGCCCUUUGUGCCGCUGGGAGAGAGUUUACUGCAGUUCUACCUGCCGCGUAUCAUGAACAGGACGUUUAUUCCCGAGAAGAACAUUUUGAGGAACGGCUUGAUUGUCACUUUAAUAGAAAAACUAACGAUGAGGAAGAGUCUCUUUAAACAUCUUGCAGCCCGGGGGAUUCAGGUGCAUUUGUUUGUGUGCAACACAGAAGAACACAUAAGAGCAGCAUUCGAAGCGGGGGCAACGGGGGUGAUGAGUGACUACCCCUCGCUGCUGUCCAACUACCUCCUCAGAAACACUCGGGAGGAGUGUGAGUCGUUCACGUCUGAAGUCCACAAUACUUCAUAAAUGGCAGAUUUUCGGUGCACGGAGAUCGGAAAAGGUCUUCAAGCAAGACGCGCAUGUGAAGAGUCAGCACAUUCUGACAAAGCUUUCAGAAUUACUCAAUUAUUGUAUGACUGAUUCGUUUCCCCAGCCCCCACCAAGAAUCUUCCGGACCUAGCUCAGUAUUACAUUAAAAUUUCCGAACAACGUGACAGCUCAUUCCUGAUGAUAAGACUGUGAUUACAUUGCCAUUACUUGAAUGAAUGAUCUUCUGUUCCCGAACGCGCGAUUAUCAUUUGUAUGUUUCAAUGUGGUCACAUCAUGAGAAUGUUAUCAAAGAAGCAAAUAUAGAAAAGACAAAAACA